CCUCUACGUUUCAUCAUUUUCCACGAAGCUCGUUGACCUGCACUCCUCUGUUCAUCGCUGAUCAUUCUCCGUCAAUGGCUUCUUCUUCUACUUCUUCUGACUCGUCGUCUUCCUCCGGUCGUCGUCGUUGGACAUACGACGUCUUCCUCAACUUCAGAGGCGAAGACACUCGCAGGUCCUUCGUCAGCCAUCUCUACAGAGCUCUGUCGUCAGCCAUCUCUACAGAGCUCUGGACCAGAAAGCCAUCCACACUUUCAUCGACGCCGAAGAGCUCCGAAAAGGCAACCACCUCUCCGACCUCCUCACAGCCAUUCGAAACUCGAGGGUCUCGAUCGUAGUUUUCUCUCCAAACUAUGCUUCUUCCACCUGGUGCCUCAAAGAACUCGUCCAAAUUCUGGAAUGUAUGGACUCGGACGGCCAGACUGUGGUGCCCGUCUUCUACGACGUCGAUCCGUCUCACGUCCGCAAGCGCAAGAGGAGUUUUGCGGAGGCGUUUGCGAGACACGAACUCGACUCCGCGGCUGAGAUGGCGGAGGUGCAGAGCUGGAAGUCAGCUCUUACAAGAGCCUGCAAUUUAUCCGGCUGGGAUUCGCAAAAUUACAAGGAUGAUGCAAGGCUUGUUGAAGAAAUUGUACAAGAUAUCUUUGAUAAAUUGAUCCACAUGUCGUCAAGUAAAGGCGAUGGCUUGGUUGGAAUGGAUUCCCACCUAGAUGAAAUGAAUUUGCGAUUAUGUCUUGGCACGGAGGAUGUUCGCUUUGUUGGAAUAUGGGGUAUGGGUGGAAUAGGCAAAACAACCAUUGCCAGAGCUGUUUAUGAGGAAAUCGCUUGUCAAUUUGAAGCUUACUGCUUUCUUGAAAAUGUCAAGGAAGGUUUCUCCAGGCAUGGUGCAAUACAUAUGCAGGAAGAGCUUUUAUCCAGAAUAUUGAAGGAAAAGGUGCGAAGUUUAGGAACUUUGGAUAAAGGUUCCAAGAUGAUAAGGAAAGGACUAGCUAAGAAAAAAGUUUUCCUUGUUCUUGAUGACGUGGACAAUAUAGACCAAAUUGAAGGCUUACUGGGAAAGCAACGUUCAUUUGGCUGCGGAAGUAGAAUUAUUAUAACAACACGAGAUGUGCAAUUACUAAACGGAGUUGAUGCAAUAUAUUGGCCCAAGUUUUCAAGUGACAAGGAAGCUCGUGACCUCUUUAUGCAAUAUGCCUUCAGAACAAACCAACCCACAAGAGACCACAAACAUCUCACAUGCCAUGCCAUAGAAUAUGCUCGAGGUUUGCCUUUAGCGCUCAAAGUCUUGGGAGCUUUUCUUGAUAAUAAAAGUGUACGCGAGUGGGAAGAUGUGUUAGAGAAGAUAAGGAAAACCCCACACAGGGGAAUUCAGGAUGUGCUUAGAACGAGUUUUGAUGGGCUGGACGAUUCGGAGGACAUUUUUUUGGACAUUGCUUGUUUCUUUAAAGGAAUGAAAAAUGAUUAUGCAAUAAAUAUCCUGGACGGUUGUGGCUUCUAUCCUAAUAGUGGAUUAAGAGUUCUAAUUGAUAGAUCUCUCAUAACAAUAUCAGAUGAUGGCACAAUCGAGAUGCAUGAUUUACUAGAAGAAAUGGGUUGGGAAAUUGUCCGCCAAGAAUCUAUUAAAGAGCCCGGGAGACGCAGUAGGCUGUGGAGUUAUGAAGAUGUUCAUCCCGUGUUAACUCAAAAUAUAGCUACAAAAGCUAUUGAGAGCAUAGUCCUGGACUUGUCAAACAAAUCAGAAGAAGUAUACUUAAAUGCUGAAGCUUUUGCCGGAAUGACGAGGCUAAGACUGCUCCGUAUCAAAUAUCAUUACCCCUUUAGUGACCAUGAUUUCAUACAACACCUGAGUGGAGACUUAAAGUAUCUUUCUCAUGAGUUGAGGUGUCUCUUUUGGCAUGGCUGCCCCCUAAAGUCUUUGCCAUCCAAUUUUCACCCCAACAACCUAGUUGACCUUGACAUGCAAUAUAGUAACAUCCAACAACUUUGGGAAGGAACCAAGCAUUUGGAAAGGUUGAAGUUCAUCAAUUUAAACCACUCUCAUUACCUUGAAAGAACCCCCUACUUAACCGAGGUGAAAAAUCUGGAGGAAUUAUUCCUUGAAGAUUGUAACAGUUUAUUUGAGGUUCAUCCAUCCAUUUCAUCUCUUCAAAAUCUUCUUGUUUUGAGUCUAAGAGGGUGCAAAGAACUGAGGAAAUUUCCAAGCAGCAUUUGUAUGAAAUCUCUCAAAAGCCUUAUUCUUUCCGGCUGCUCUAGUUUUGAGAAGUUUCCAGAGAUCUCAGACGUCAUGAAGGAACUUUCAAACCUUCAUUUAGAUGGGAUUGCAAUUAAAGAACUGCCCUCGUCAAUUAAAAAUCUUACAGGGCUUGUUACUUUGAACUUAAAAGAUUGCAUAGAGCUUCAAAGUCUUCCAAGCAGCAUUUAUUUGAGAUCUCUCAAAUAUCUUAAUCUUUCUGGCUGCUCAAAUUUGCUAAAGUUCCCAGAGAUUUCAGAAGUUAUGGGAGAACUCCAGUCGCUUUGUUUGGAUGAUACUGCAAUUGAAGAACUGCCAUCGUCGAUAAGUAAUCUUACGGGGCUUUGUGAUUUGAGCCUUAUAGGCUGCUUGAAGCUUGAGAAGUUUCCAGAGAUUUUAGAAGUUAUGGAACAACUCAAUUGGCUUUAUUUGGAUGAGACUGUAAUUGAAGAACUGCCAUCGUCGAUAAGUAAUCUGACGGGGCUUUGUUAUUUGAGCCUUAAAGGCUGCUUGAAGCUUAAAAGUCUGCCUUGCAGUAUCUGUCAACUCAAGUCCCUGAAAGAUUUUAAUCUUGCUGGCUGUUCAAAUCUUGAGAAGUUUCCAGAGAUUUCAGAAGUUAUGGGAGAACUCAAAUGGCUUUAUUUGGAUGGGACUGCAAUUGAAGAACUGCCAUCGUCGAUAAGUAAUCUUACGGGGCUUUGUUAUUUGAGCCUUGAAGGCUGCUUGAAGCUUAAAAGUCUGCCAUGCAGUAUCUGUCAACUCAAGUUUCUGAAAGAUUUUAAACUUGCUCGUUGCUCAAAUCUUGAUAAGUUUCCAAAGAUUUCAGAAGUUAUGGGAGAACUCCAGUCGCUUUGUUUGGAUGAUACUGCAAUUGAAGAACUGCCAUCGUCAAUAAGUAAUCUGACGGGGCUUUGUUAUUUGAGCCUUAAAGGCUGCUUGAAGCUUAAAAGUCUGCCUUGCAGUAUCUGUCAACUCAAGUCCCUGAAAGAUUUUAAUCUUGCUGGCUGUUCAAAUCUUGAGAAGUUUCUAGAGAGAUUUCAGAAGUUAUGGGAGAACUCAAAUUGCUUUAUUUGGAUGGGACUGCAAUUGAAGAACUGCCAUCGUCGAUAAGUAAUCUUACGGGGCUUUGUUAUUUUAGCCUUGAAGGCUGCUUGAAGCUUAAAAGUUUGCCAUGCAGUAUCUGUCAACUCAAGUUUCUGAAAGAUUUUAAACUUGCUGGCUGCUCAAAUCUUGAGAAGUUUCCAGAGAUUUCAGAAGUUAUGGGAGAACUCCAAUUGCUUUGUUUGGAUGGUACUGCAAUUGAAGAACUACCAUCGUCGAUAAGUAAUCUUACGGGGCUUUGUGAUUUUAGCCUUAAAGGCUGCUUGAAGCUUAAAAGUUUGCCUUGCAGUAUCUGUCAACUCAAGUCUCUGGAAGAUUUUAAUCUUGCUGGCUGCUCAAAUCUUGAGAAGUUUCCAGAAAUUUCAGAAGUUAUGGGAGAACUCAAAUGGCUUUAUUUGGAUGAUACUGCAAUUGAAGAACUACCAUCGUCGAUAAGUAAUCUUACGAGGCUUUGUGAUUUGAGCCUUGGAGGUUGCUUGAAGCUUAAAAGUCUGCCACUGAUCUAUCAACUCAAGUCCCUGGAAGAUUUUAAUCUUGCUGGGAGUUCAAAUCUUGAGAAGUUUCCAGAAAUUUCAGAAGUUAUGGGAGAACUCAAAUGGCUUUAUUUGGAUGAUACUGCAAUUGAAGAACUACCAUCGUCGAUAAGUAAUCUUACGAGGCUUUGUGAUUUGAGCCUUGGAGGCUGCUUGAAGCUUAAAAGUCUGCCACUGAUCUAUCAACUCAAGUCCCUGGAAGAUUUUAAUCUUGCUGGGAGUUCAAAUCUUGAGAAGUUUCCAGAGAUUUCAGAAGUUAUGGGAGAACUCAAAUGGCUUUGUUUGGAUGAGACUACAAUUGAAAAACUGCCAUCGUCGAUAAGUUAUCUUACGGGGCUUUGUUAUUUGAGCCUUGAAGGCUGCUUGAAGCUUAAAAGUCUGCCGUGCAGUAUCUGUCAACUCAAGUCCCUGAAAGAUUUUAAUCUUGCUGGCUGUUCAAAUCUUGAGAAGUUUCCCGAGAUUUCAGAAUUUAUGGGAGAACUCAAAUGGCUUUAUUUGGAUGGGACUGCAAUUGAAGAACUGCCAUCGUCGAUAAGUAAUCUUACGGGGCUUUGUUAUUUGAGCCUUGAAGGCUGCUUGAAGCUUAAAAGUCUGCCAUGCAGUAUCUGUCAACUCAAGUUUUUGAAAGAUUUUAAACUUGCUCGCUGCUCAAAUCUUGAGAAGUUUCUAGAGAUUUCAGAAGUUAUGUGAGAACUCAAAAGGCUUUAUUUGGAUGGGACUGCAAUUGAAGAACUGCCAUCGUCGAUAAAUAAUCUUACGGGGCUUCGGAUUUUGAGCCUUAAAGGCUGCUUGAAGCUUAAAAGUCUGCCAUGCAGUAUCGAUCAACUCAAGUCCCUGAUAUAUACUUUUCGUAGUGACUGCCCAAAUCUUGAGACACAGAACUUACCGAAUUGAGGGUUUCAAUUGUAAUGAAUUCGAUUCUCUAUGUUGUCGGAACCAUUUGAAAACCCACAUACUUUUUGAGUCAAUAUGCUCCCUCGGUUCAAAACCGAGAAAACAUGGGCUGAUCAUCAGA